AUGGCCAGUGUAUACGCCCCCGCCCCUGAACCUGCGACAAGACUCGGUCGGUACCGCCAACUCUCGCCCCUCGCCUGCGUGCGCGUGUCGCCCAUCUGCCUCGGCGGCAUGAGCAUCGGCGACAAGUGGGGGAAGGUCUUCGGGAGCUACAUGGACAAGGACAUGAGCUUCGCUCUCCUCGACACCUUCUACGGCGCCGGGGGCAACUUCAUCGACACCGCGAACAACUACCAGGACGAGAGCUCGGAGGAGUUCAUCGGCGAGUGGAUGGAGGCGCGCGGCAUACGCGACCAGAUCGUCCUCGCGACAAAGUACACGUCCAACUUCAAGAGGGGGCAAGACGACGUUGUACAGAAGAUCAAUUACAUCGGUAACAACAGGAAGUCGAUGCAUCUCUCCGUGAAUGCUUCGCUCAAGAAGCUCCGCACGAGCUACGUCGACAUCCUUUACGUCCACUUCUGGGACUGGGACAGCUCAGUUGAAGAGGUCAUGAACGGUCUCCAUACCCUCGUUGAGAAUGAGAAGGUCCUGUACCUGGGUGUCUCCGACACGCCUGCCUGGGUCGUCUCGAAGGCGAACCAGUACGCGCGCAUGGCGGGCAAGACGCCGUUCUGCAUUUACCAGGGCUCAUGGAGCAUCAUGGACCGCGACCUCGAGCGCGACAUCCUGCCUAUGUGCAGGGCCGAAGGACUGGCCAUCGCUCCCUUCCGCGUCGUCGGGGGCGGCAAGAUCCGCACCGACGCCGAAGAGAAACGGCGCGAAGAGUCCGGCGAGAAAGGCACGCGCCGCGCCGCCUUCAGCUCCUGGCUCCGCACCGAGGACGAGCGCCGCGUCUGCACGGCGCUCGAGGAGAUCGCUCCCAAGGUCGGCGCGAAGACGAUCCAGGCCGUCGCGAUCGCGUACGUGAUGCAGAAGGCGCCGCACGUCUUCCCGAUCGUCGGCGGGCGCAAGCCCGAGCAGCUCCUCGCGAACCUCGCCGCGCUCGACAUCGCGCUGUCCCCGGAGCACAUCAAGGAGCUCGACGCGGUCGCGCAGUUCAAGCCUGGAUUCCCGUACACGAUCAUUGGAAACGGCGAAGAGUACGAUAUGCUGACGAAGAACGCUGCUGUGGUGGACAGGUGGCCGCACAAGCAAGCCAUCCGCCCUACUUGA